GCGGUCCCUGGUCAGAGCAUGUUUACGGAAGAAGAGCGUUUAAAAUCUAACGCAAUUGAAUGUUUCUGACGUAAGACUCAAGUUAACACGAUAAGACGUUUGAGCAGCUUUGAUUUAAUGUUGUGAUUCUGGGAAAUGUUCCCACGUGGCUUUGCGUGGGGGGCGGCCACCGCUGCGUAUCAAAUCGAAGGUGGCUGGCAGGCCGACGGCAAGGGACCGAGUAUCUGGGACACGUUUUGUCACGAGGAAGGCAGAGUGUUCCAGGAGCAGGACGGAGACGUGGCGUGUAACAGCUACGAGCUGUGGGACAAAGACCUGGAGUGCAUCCAGCAGCUCGGACUGACCCACUAUCGCCUGUCCCUCUCCUGGGCCCGCCUCCUGCCCGACGGGACCACCCGGCAUGUCAAUCAAAAUGGUGUACAGUACUACAACAAGGUGAUUGAUGACCUGCUGGCCUCUGACGUGUCACCCAUGGUCACACUUUACCACUUUGACCUGCCCCAAGCUCUCCAAGACCAGGGGGGCUGGAAAUCAGAGGGCAUAGCGGCCAUCUUUGACAUCUACGCCAAGUUCUGUUUCCAGACAUUUGGUGACCGUGUCAAACUCUGGAUCACCAUCAACGAGCCGAGCGUGUGCGCCAAACUGGGCCACGAAGACGGCGUCCAUGCUCCAGGGUUGAAAGAGCAGGGGACCGCUGCCUACCUGGUCGGCCAUAACAUGCUACGCGCCCACGCCAUGGCCUGGCACAGCUACGACUCCCUCUUCAGGCCCGAGCAGAAGGGUGCGGUGUCCCUGGCCAUCAACAGCGAUUGGCUCGAGCCGCUCCGCCCUGGCUGCGAGGAGGAUGAGGCUGCUACUGGACGAGACCUUGCGUUUACGCUAGGAUGGUUCGCCUGGCCCUUGUUUGUCACUGGAGAUUAUCCAGAAAUAAUGAGAUCUGCCAUCGACUCUCAGAGUGAGAAGCUGGGAUACAGUGGCAGCUCAAGACUACCCAGGUUCUCAAAGGACGAACCGGCCAUUUUAGGCACCGCCGAUUUCUUUGCGUUGAACUAUUACACGUCCCGUAAAGUCACGGCUGGAGGAGGUCGGGGACAGAUGUGUAUGAAGAGCGACCGAGAUGUAGAAGAGGUGUUGGAUCCAUCUUGGUUUAUCUGUGGGGUGUCCUGGCUGGCUGUGGUGCCCGGUGGCUUAAGGAAACUUCUAAAGUACAUUAAGGACACGUUCGGCAGCCCAGCGGUCUACAUCACGGAGAAUGGCUUCUCUCAGGUGGGGCCGGUGCAAAUGGAGGACGUCCGGCGCUGCGAGCUUUUUAAGGACACCAUCUUGGAAGUGGCUAAAGCUAUAGAGGAAGACGGGGUUGACGUGCGUGGAUACUUUGCUUGGUCGCUGCUGGACAACUUCGAAUGGGCCGACGGAUUCAGCGUCCGCUUUGGACUGUUUCACGUGGACUUCUCCGACGCAGAGCUGAGGCGAACCGCGUACCGGUCUGGACGGGAGUACGGCGAGAUGAUCAUGAAACACAAGAGAGCGACUGAUGUGCAAUGACUGAAGUUUUUUACACAACCUUAAUAAACAAGCAGUGUUUGCGUAGUUUGAUUUGCCUGAGCCAAUCUGGAGCAAACUUGAAAGCACCAUCAUCGUCUCUGAAUGUCUUUUUCAGUUGAGAAAUUGGCAAAGGAACAGUCGGAGUGAGCUAACUCAGUCGUCGGGGGUAUUUUGGCAUUCAAUAUUUUGCCCAAGUACAAGCUGGAGGAGCUCGGGAUCGAACCAACUACCCUUUGGUUAGUGGACAACCCAGUCUGUACCUCCUCAGGCAUAGCUACCCACUUAAAUCAAAAUUAAUUUGUGAAUUUAAACAUGCCAACAUGCCAAUAACAGUGCCUGGGGGAGAUGCCUGGCAUGAAUGAACGUUCUGUAGACUGAUGAAUUUCCCCUAUUUAAAAUGUUAAGCAAAGAAAAAGUGCCAGGACAAAGAGGCGUAACCUUAAAAAAGAUUUGUUUGAUCAAAUAACUCAAAGCACCGGUUCUUUUUGUUGGAUUAAAGGUUCUGAUUAA